UUGGCUAAAAUGUUACACAGCACCGUACGAGGUACGGCCGAAGAAUUUGGGUUAUCCACGGAAAUAGACCCUCCUCGAGUCGUCAAAAUAGUGGAGGCGCGUAAUAAUGCCGGUUGACAACCUUACCAGCAUUACAACGUCAAUUGCUACACUCGUCAGGACGUCAAGGACGCGUUUUUUCGACGACUUGACUGAAUUCCCCGACAUGCGACUGGGCAACAUCAUAUAUUUAUGUAAGACAUCAACUGCUCGGUGGACCGCUCGCGGAUGACCUCAUGGAAAAGACGGAUUAUUUCGAGUGAUUGAAUAGAGCUACACAGGAGACCCGGCGCAGUUAAGGUACCGCUUACUACGCAUGUCGGUCCGCUACUCUCUUUCUACCUCGUGUCUCCUCUGGACUGAUCUCUGAUAGGUCAUACACGUCUUCACAUAUAAAAGUCAAGGACAAGCGUUGGGAAUCGCAAUUUGAAGCCGGUGCUCACAGUCACUUGACCGAGUGUCCUGUGGAUCACACACUGUGCCGGAGACAGAUGGGUCAAACCCCAAGGUAACACCGCUACUUCCAAGGAACCGCGCCGUAACUAUUUCAUUCCUAAAUAGCCUACGUCAAUCUACCUCAUAGUUCAGCGUUCGCGAAAAAGCCGGCAUGAGAGCGAACCGUUUUUCUGCCAAUGCCUUAUUAUAGGGACAAGCAGAUAAACGCGUCAAGGACAUGCGUUAUGCAUGAAGGACCGUGAAUAAUAGAAAUUACAGUCGCGCCACGUCUCACCGUCCAGCCGAUUCAAGAGCUUGUCCCACACGACCUACUUUUCGGGAGAAUUGAUGAUGCGAACGGAGGAUCGUUUGCAUGCAUUUGACGGUGUACUCGGGUACUGCAGGCACAGAGAGAGUUGCCAGACCGACUCACUGAGCGUAAAGAUGUCAUCUUGUUUGGACAGAACCGAUGUCUGAAUUUGCUUAAAAGAGGAAGCAAGAAGACAUUUGAAUAGAGAACGAGUUGCACGUGAGAUGGGAAAAGAAGAUCGGUCACCCUUGAGCCAAAGAAGGAAAUGAGAACGCUGUCCACAGCAAAAUGGAGUUAAAAGAUUAACUGAGUUGCUCUGACAUAACCUUUUGGACUGGGUCGAAGAGGUCAAGUAAAAGGACCACAAGUAGGCCUACUAUCACACCGGAUAAUGGUCACUUUUCAGUGAAACUCUUGGCUCACUUUAUUCCCUUCUUUGGACUGAAUCUCAGGGAUUCCUUUUAGAUACAGCCUGUCUUGUGCAAAUGGCUACUUUUCAUGGCUGGUGCCUCAGAGACUGACAUGAAUGCCUUGUGGUGGACAAAAGCCUCAAGACUUUUGUUACAAGGGAACUCUCUUAAAUUUUUGCAGCAGUGAAAUGUCCAGUGAGGCUGAUCAGCAUUGGACAAUCCAGAUCCAACAAACUGCUACUGAGAUACCAAGACAUUUGCCUGAUGUACAGGCCUGAUGCCUGAUGUGUUUGCCAUCAAGCAAUAAAUGAACAAGGAGGACAUGUAAAAGAGGUGGUAUAGCACUUUGAAUUAGUUUCUUAACUGGUCAUUUGCCUAUCCGUGCAACUGAACUUGCAUCACUUGUACUGUAAUUCAUCGAGUUGAAUUCGAAUCGGACUGACUCCGCCAUGUGGUCCGUACCGUUACUGCGUCACACGGACGUGCCGCCGCGCGUCACCGAGAACUUCAUCCUGACCGGCUACCGCUUCCCCAACUACAGCCUGCGCCAGUGCCUGGCCUCGGCCUUCCGGCCCACCAACGAGACCGGCAACUUCUGGACGCACUUCCUGCCCAUCUUCGUCUUCGCCUUCCACUUCCGGGAGGUGUUCGGCUGGGAGGGCGCGCCGGCCCCCUCCGACCCCUUCUUCUACCCGCUGUGGAACUACCUGCUGGGCGUCUGCCUCCUGCUCCUGGCCAGCAGCCUGGCGCACCUGCUCAACUCCAUGUCGCUGAUCGUGCGCGAGGUCUGCUUCUUCGUGGACUACGGCACCAUCAGCGCCUACACGGUGGGCUCCUCGCUGGCGUACUACUACUACAUCCACCCGCGGGCCGGGCUCCCGCCCCUCGUCGGAGGAGGAGGAGCGACAAACGCGUCGGGGUCGAGCGGUGAGGCCGAUAUGGGGUCUCCUCCGGCGUCGCCGUCUUGGCUGCCGGAGUUCCAGGUGUUCUUCGACUCGUACUACAUCCCCAGCUCGUGCCUGGUGGCCAUCGUCUGCGUGCUGGCGUGCUGCAACACGCGCCAGCGCUGGCGCACCUACCGCUACGCCAUCCGCACCCUGGUCUUCCUGCUGCCCUUCUGCGUGUCGUCCACGCCCAUCUUCUACCGGCUGCUCAGCCCGAGCCCGUACCCGUCGGCCUCCUCGUCCUCGGCCGCCGCCGCCACCACCGCCCACUAUUUCUACCGCCACUGCGCCUGGCUGGUGGUGUCGGCGCUCUUCAACAUCAGCAAGGUGCCCGAGCGGCUGUGCCCGGGCGCCUUCGACAUCUGGGGCCACAGCCACCAGUGGUUCCACUGCUGCACCUUCCUCUCCAUCCUGGACGAGCUGCACAUGAUCAAGGCCGAGGUGCGGGCGCUCUUCCUCCACCCGACGCUGGUGCUGCCGCCCGCCGUGCCCACCAGGCUGCCCGGCCCCGAGCUCCUCACCACCUACGGGGUGAUGGUGCUGCUGCAGGUCUGCAUCGCCUCCAUCAUCGCCUGGUUCAGCUGGGGCGCCUACCACAUCUACGCCCCGCAGCAGAAGCAGCUAAAGCAGCUGAAGCAGCACUGAUUAGCAGUGAUAGCUAUAGCGUUCAGUAAUGGACCUCAAUACAUUGUAGUCCGUCUGUCAGACCAUCAAUCGUGACUUUGGCAUUAUUUUAUUAACUGUAUUUUUUAGAUACAUGAUGUCAUUCUCAUUGCACUAAUGGGUUUUAUAUCCUGUACUGAUUUCAUCUUUGACUGAUGGAGGCCAGUGAUUAUUAUCUUUUUAACUUGAACCUUGAACUCUGCCCCUGCUGUAUGAACUGAAACAUUGAUUUAAAUGCAAGUGAGAGUUGACCAGGUCAUUCCCCCUUUGUAGCCAUUUUGUGUGAUCUGUGUGGGGCUCUGAAGGAUGUCCAGAGGUUACAGUGUGUUCUGUAGCGAGAGGAGGAUUCCAUCUCCCUCAGGGUUGUGAAGACACAAGGGAAAAUCAGGGAUUUUUUUUUUUGUUUUGCUGAAGGGAGUCUGUAAACCCAGUUCAUAGCAUUAGCAUAGCAGAGAUGUUUCAGAAUCACUCCCACCCGCUUUCCUGUUGGUAUUUUUGCCUUGGAUUUCAUCCCACACUGUUAUUAAUCUGUACCACUAUACUCUCUCUCUCUCGCGCUCUUUCUCUCUCUCUCUCUGUCUCUCGCUCUUUCUCUCUCUCUUUCGGUCUUUAAUGUCUCAUUUCCUUUGUUUUUCCCAUGAGCCGUCAAACAGGAAGUCAGGAGUUACAAACAGGAUAAAUGACUAAGGUUUGACUAAGGGCACCCUGUGCUUUGAUGGAAGAAAUGUUGGGGGCGAGUUCUUGUGUAGCGAUGCACUUUAGUUUCUGGAGGGUUUUUUUUUACGUCCGAUCAGUCUUUCCUCCUUUACGAUCUGUGGUGUAAUGAUGUCGUCCGCACACACAAAUAAUUUACAGGAAAUGCUGUGGGGAGCUGUAAUGGAGAAUGUCGAUUUAUUUGUAGAACAGCAACGUUUUCACUUUAUAGAUAUCAAUUUACGUCAAACAUAAUCUUUGCAUGUCUUACAAUGAAUUUGUAGGUGCUUGAUUGAGCACCAGAAACAGAACGAGAGAGGUGCCUUUAAGGACACAGAGUUCAGUUCAGGCCAACGGAAGGGUGUCUAUCUAUCUGCCUGCAGAAAAGUGCAACACAAAGGACUACGUUUCCUUGAUUGUGCAUUUUCCUUAGUAAUAGUCAAGCCAUAUUUAGAAUUAGAAAACAUAUCGCUAUUACUUUUAUUAUUACUUUAUUACAUUACAUUAUCUUUGUUAUUAUUACUAGGUAAUACGAGCAAUAGUCCUGACGACCGUAUCAGGAGCCAUAAUUAGCUUAGUUUGCACUCAGUGCACUGGAUGCUUUCAGGAAGUGGUGUGGUGGUGUCUGGGAAGUCCCAUGGGUGUUAUACUGGGAGCAUUAGGCCACCCUGUGGCAUCAUGGGAUUGAAACCUGAUAAAAGCCCUCAACCACUUCCUCUGAGCAUGUGGUGGUGAUGGUGGUGGAAACUACUGAGGCCUUUUCUUUGGAAAGGCUGCUUUUGAGAGAGAGAGAGAGAGAGAGAGAGAGAGAGAGAGAGAGAGGGAGAGAGAGAGAGAGAGAGCUCACUGUGAAGUUAGGCUGCUAUAGUCUCCAAGGGUCAGUUCCACAGAAAAAAGAACAAUUAAAAUCGCUCACUCCCAAAAACUUUCAC